GAGCGCGAGAGAGAGUGAGAGAGAGAGAGAGAGGUUUUUGUUAGAGUGCUGCACUCACACUUCGACACUGGACACAAAGAUGACCAGACUGGGUACAGAGUGGACUAACUACACGCGGUUUAGACGCAGUUUUAAAGCCGUGACAUUUCAGUUGUUAAUGAGAAACUCUUCUUUGUGUAAAGCUGUUUAACACGCGAACGCUGUCUGUCACAGCACGAGAGGAUUGUUUAUCUGGAUAAGCGUGUGUGUGUGUGUGUGUGUGUAAGCGAUUAAGACAUGAGUGUCGCGUUAUGGGAUCAGCUUCAGGCUGGGAGCUCGGAGGUGGACUGGUGUGAAGGAAAUUAUCUCAUCUAUCCAGGAAUAGCAGAGUUUUAUAACACGAUAAGCAACUUUUUAUUCUUCAUCCUGCCCCCUAUCCUGAUGUGUCUCUUUCGUCAGUACGCCACCCAUUUCAACAGCGGCAUCUACCUGAUCUGGACCCUCCUAGUGGUGGUCGGAAUUGGUUCCACUUAUUUCCAUGCUACCCUGAGUUUCCUGGGACAGAUGCUGGAUGAAUUAGCAAUACUCUGGGUUCUUAUGUGUGCUAUUGGCAUGUGGUUCCCCAAGAGAUACCUGCCUAGGAUUUUUCGCAGAGACAGGUCCAGGUUUAAAAUGGUUGUAGGCAUCCUCUCCGGGAUCACCACUGGUCUGGCCUUCAUUAAGCCAGCAAUAAACUCGAUUUCGUUAAUGACUUUGGGAAUUCCGUGCACAGCUCUCCUUAUCACAGAACUUAAGAGGUGCGAGAAUCUGCGUGUGUUUAAACUGGGCCUCCUCACUGGACUGUGGUGGACUUUAGCGCUCAUGUGCUGGAUCAGUGACCGUAUCUUCUGUGAGAUGUGGUCAUCUGUAAACUUCCCGUACCUCCACUGUGCCUGGCACAUUCUCAUCUGCUUGGCCUCCUAUCUUGGCUGUGUUUGCUUCGCUUACUUUGACGCAGCGUCUGAAGCUCCAGAGCAAGGUCCGGUGGUUAAAUUCUGGCCCAGUGAGAAGUGGGCCUUCAUUGGAGUGCCGUAUGUAACUCUGCUUUGUGUUCACCGUAAGCCAUCCAUCAAGGUGACAUGAUCAGCCAGCGCUGCUGCAAUUUUCAGCGAUCAAUGCACUUUUAUAGACUGAGGAUUCUUUAAAGGAUUCAGUGGGUCUUAGUUAUAGUUUGGUUUGUAUUGUUAACUUAUAUAAUUCACAUAUGCAUAUUUUGUUAGAAUUUUUUAAAGAACCUUUUGUUUAACGUUCCUGGCAACACAGCUAAAUACUGACCCUUUUGUGAAAGUGAAGUCACUG